GGGCUUCGGCGCCGUCUGAGCACUAAAGGGACUUGGAUCCCGGAAGGUGCGGUGCCGCCGGCCGCCCUGAGGCGGGAGCUGCUGGGGUUAGGGUUAGGUUCUGGGGAAGGCAGGCGGCGGGAAGUGCGCGGAACACGGCGACCCACAGGGUCUCCCGGCCUGGCCGGUUGUCUCCGUGGAGGACGGGCCGAGUCAGGGGCGAACGUCUGCUCCAUCUGCUCCCGCGGCGCCCCUGUCGACCCUCAGAACAUUCCCAGCCCGACAGGGGCCUGGCUGCCUUCCCCAGCCCCAGCCCCAGCCCCAGCCCCUGAUAGCCGUAAACCACUUCCUGUCUCUGGAUUCACCUGUCCAGCACGUUUCACAGCAGUGGCCCCGCACUCUGUGUCCUUUUCCACCGUCUCACGCGGAGCCCCCUGGCCUCGGUGUCCGCCUGUGUUGUGGCACGUGUUAGAGCCCCGUCCCUUUUCGUGGCUGCAUAAUAUUCCGCCGUGUCUCCGUCGUAUCUUCAUCGCCCCUUCCUGGUUCCUGCCUCUUGGCUGCACCCAGUGGCAGGUGGCGGAGGCAACCGCCCUGGUCCACACACUGGACGGCUGGUCAGUGGUGCGGACCAUGGUGGUGCCCACCAAGACGCCUGACAAGAAGCUCAUCUUCGGAAGAGGGAACCUGGAGCACCUGUCAGAGAGGAUCCGGGCGUCUCCAGAAGUCACAUCCGUGUUCCUGAACGUGGAGCGGAUGGCCGUCCCCACCAAGAGAGAGCUGGAGGCGGCCUGGGGCGUGGAGGUGUUUGACCGCUUCACCCUCGUCCUGCACAUCUUCCGCCGCAACGCCCGCACCAAGGAGGCCAAGCUGCAGGUGGCGCUGGCCGAGGUCCCCCUGCUCAGGUCCGCCGGAGGUGUCACCGCGGGUUUCCACCGCUGGGUCCUUACUGGGCGGGGCGCCACGCUGGACGUCACAGCGCACGCGGGCCGGCUGCCCUCGCAGCUGCCCGUGCUGUACGUGGACACCGUGGGCUUCCUUUCCCAGCUGCCGCACGGCCUCAUCCAGUCUUUCUCUGCCACCCUGGAGGACGUGGCUCACUCGGACGUCCUCAUGCACGUGCGGGACAUCAGCCACCCUGAGAGCGAGCGGCAGAAGGCCACGGUGCUGUCCACGCUGCGGGGCCUGAGCCUGCCCGCCCGGCUGCUGGACUCGGUGCUGGAGGUGCACAACAAGGUGGACCUGGUGCCCGGGUAAGCGGACCAAUCUAAUGAGACUGGAAAGGGCCUGCGGGAGCUGGAGUCCGCGCUGGACGCCGCGGUGCUUGGUGCCACCGGGAGACGUGUGCUGACGCUCCACGUGCCAAUAGCCGGGCCGCAGCUCAGCUGGCUGCACCAGGAGGCGACCGUGCAGGACGUGACCGUGCAGCCCGAGGCGGGGGCCGCCCUGGUCACCGUCAUCAUCAGCAGCGCCGCCUACGGCAAGUUCCGGAAGCUCUUCCCGGAGUAAGGACCGGCGGGAGUGGACCUGACGGCCUCGGAAUGGGGCAGGCAGGUGUCGUGGCCGCCAGCGAGCGCCCGGUGUGUGUGAGGAGAAGCUGGUCGUGCCGGGCGAGGACUGACCAAGCACCCUGGAGGCUGAGGCAGGAGGAUCACCGUGAGUUCAAGGUAGCCCUCAGGUGCGUCGGUCCUGUGCCUCCACCAGGACAGGGGCCCCCUAAACAGGACAGCAAAAGCAGCCUUCAAAGCAGGGUCUGGGCUCAGCGUCCCCCAGGCCGAGCAGGAAGCCUGGCCCCCAAACUCGUCUCCCUGGUGAUGAACUCCUAGCAAAAACACAAGGUAGUGGAAAUAGGUUUUCCUUUUUAUUAUUUUAUUCUGUGUGAUAUUUUUAAAAAGUGUUAGGUGAAAAUCAUUUCAGAAGCCAGGCCUGCUGGGAAACACCUAUGGUCCUGAAUUCGGGAGGCUGAAGCAGGAGGGUCUCCCUGAGCGAGACCCCUAGGGAGACUCGGUCCCCAAACAUCCCCAGUCCCGCUGGGGUCGCCAUGGCCAGGCCAUUGGGUCCUCCCUGCAGGCGCCGGGGAGGAGGCCGGGCUGCUCCCCCGACCACUCUGUCACCCCCGGCCGGUGGCGUGGGCCCUGCAGCAGCUUCCGGUUGAGGCUGAUGACAUCGGUGACGAAGGUGUCGGCCCCCACGAA